CCCACUACUGGCAAACGGCAAUGAAAUCUGAACAACUAUUCUUAAGAUAACGGCAUCACAACUCGAACGUGCACACGCGUGUGAAAAUGUGAACAAGUGAUAAUACUUAUAAACUCUAAAACAGUGCCAAUAAAGUUUUAAUUGUGUUGUGUUUUAAACAUGAAUAUGGAAAAUGCAAGUGUACAAAGCAGCACAGAGAAUGUACAAUCAAUAACACAAUCGACAAUCACGCUUGAUAGAAAAGAGGAUGACAAAGAUGACGAUUACAAUCCCCUCGAGCAUAGAGAUGUCGUUCAUCCCACUUCGACUUUGGGUGCAUUUUUCCACCUACUCAAGUCAUCAUUAGGGUCAGGUUUGCUUGCAAUGCCAGCUGCCUUCAAGAACACUGGACUGAUUCCUGGAUGUAUUGGUACAGUUCUGGUUGGAGUUAUAGCAACACACUGCGUACAUAUAUUAGUAUCAACAUCACGCGAAAUUUGCAAGAAGGCCCGAGUACCGUCACUUAGUUAUACAGACACGUGCGAAGAAGUCUUUAAGCAUGGACCAAAGAAAUUGAGGCCAUACUCGAAACAUAUCAGACAUUUCGUCGAUGCGGCGAUGGCUGGAGUGUGUCUUGGUGGAACGAGUGUGUAUGUGAUAUUUAUCGCGUCGUCUCUCAAAGAUAUUUUCGACCACUUCAUACCAUCGACGAAGUACGAGGUGGAAGUUUACUGUGGGAUCCUACUCGUCCCGCUAAUCCUGAUCACUCAAAUCCGUCACUUAAAAUUUCUGGUUCCAUUCUCCGUUCUCGCCAACGUUUGCCUCGUGAUCACGUUCGGGAUCACCUGCUACUAUACGUUCACAGAUCUACCUCCUUUGAAUAAUAUAGACAUGGUUGCCAGUGUCACAAAAUGGCCGCUGUUUUUAAGUACGGCCAUAUUUGCAAUGGAAGGAAUAAACGUUGUCAUGCCAGUUGAGAAUGAGAUGGCGAAACCUCAACAUUUCCUGGGCUGUCCUAGCGUACUGAACGUGACCAUGAUAUUUGUAGCCAUUUUGUACGGAGUCGUCGGAAUAUUUGGUUACAUGAAGUAUGGAGAUGGCGUUCUUGGUAGCAUUACGUUGAAUCUGCCUGAAGGUGAAAUUUUGGCAUUGACUGCAAAGAUUUUAGUAGCUGUUGCGGUAUUUUUCACCUACUGCCUUCAAAUGUACGCACCAAUGGACAUUAUAUGGACAAGGAUUAAGAUCAGAAUUAGGAAGGACUAUCAUAAUAUCAGUCAAAUUGUACUGAGAACCCUCGCAGUUACACUAACAGUAAUCCUGGCAAUCGCAGUACCAGACUUGGAACUUCUAAUAGGUCUCGUUGGAGCCAUCUUCUUCUCAACCCUUGGUCUUCUCAUACCAGUAGCCGUGGAGACAGUCCACAAGUGGGAGCGUGGGCUAGGCAAAUAUUCCCAUAUAUUAUGGAAAAACGUCUUAUUGUUGAUAUUUUAUAUCAUUGUGUUAGUAUCUGGCUGUUAUGCGGCCGUGAGUGAGAUUAUAGCGAAAUUUAAUAGAUAAGUUUAUUUGGUAUUUUAUUUAUUGUAUUAGCUUUUAAGAUUAACUCUGUAAAGGACCAAUAUAAAGUAAUAAUAGAAC